AUGCUGCCGUUGGCGUUCGUGUUUGGGGGAUGUUGUUCUAAUGUGUUGUCUCUGGAGAAUCUGGUUCAAACAACUGGGAUUUCGUCCACAUUGGUGACGUUUGCUCAAUUCUUGGUGGUGUCAGGAAUCUCGUACUUUUUGGUGGCCGAUCUCAGAAAUGGUCUGUACCUACCAAAAUCCAAUCUUCCUCUGAAAGUGCACUUUCUGCAAAAUGCGUCGUUUUUUGUGACCAAUAUACUUAACAAUCUGGUAUUCCAAUUUGGGAUCUCAGUCCCGGUGCACAUUGUGCUCAGAUCAAGUGGAACCCCCAUCACCAUGUUGGUGGGCUGGGGAUGGUUCCACAAGCGUUACACCAGACAACAGAUCCUGGGGGCUAUCGUGCUUACUACGGGGGUAAUCAUAGUGACUUUGACAACAACCAAAGAAAAGAAUGAGGCUUAUGUGCACGAGGCUCAGACUGCGAAUUUGAGGAAACUCGUGGGAGUUUCUCUGCUAUUCUUCUCAACUGCCAUCGGUUGUGUGAUGGGGCUUUUCACAGAAAGGACAUAUCUCAAAUACGGCAAGUCUAAUUGGAAACAGAACUUGUUCUACUCGCAUUUUUACGGAUUGCCAUUGUUCCUUUUCGUGGUGUCUACGCUCCGGAGCGAGAUAACCCGGAUAAUGAACGAGCCACCAACCACGCAACACGUGAUACUGAAGUAUCUGUCCAUCAAUUGCGUCACCCAGUUUCUGUGCGUUUACGGCGUCAAUCAACUGGCGAGCUCGACGAACGCUCUCAAUGUCUCCAUCAUUUUGUUGCUGAGGAAGUUUGCCAGUCUUAUGAUUAGCAUGGCUGUUUUUGGCAACAGGCUGAAUGCGGGAUCUGCAGUCGGGAUCGCCCUAGUGUUUGUGGGUACUUUGGUUUACUCUCGAGGUCAGACAGCCAUAGGUGGAGAGAAAAAGGAUAGCAAUGUCAAAAAUAAAUGA